UUUACCGAUAAAAUUUUUUUUUCUCCGAAUGUUGUUUCGGGUCGUCUGCAACAUUCAUCUCAUCUUUAUCUAAUGCAAAUGGCAUACGCUUUCUUCCAGGAACCGAACACCGACUCAUCAGACGAAGCAAAUAUUAUUAAUCUAAUGAAGCCGUCGAAGAACGUUGGGAGAUAUCUUCUCUUCUCUUGAAGGUUUGCAUCAGGAGCCAUUGAUUCGAUCCACGUCAAACCAACCACCUCUUCCACAACCAGUUAUAUAUGGGCUAACUAUCUUUCAUGGGUCGUGUAGAUGAUCGUGAACCACCAUCUAAGCGCGUGAAAGAAACCAUACCUGUACUACAAGGCAUCUCAAACAACAUUCCAUCUCCCUCGAAUCAUAUUGAUCUUUUUGGAGGUCAAAUGGCUAGACCUUUGACAACCCAUGGCAACAAAGAUAUGAUAGGCUCCAAGGGAAUUAUUAAGAGGUCCGAGUUCGUUAGGAUCAUUACAAAGGCUCUUUAUUCUCUUGGAUAUGAGCGGAGUGGAGCUAUUUUGGAGGAAGAGUCAGACAUACCCUUACACUCACCAAUGGUAGAUUUAUUUAGGAAGCAAGUGCUUGCUGGAAAUUGGGGUGGUAGUUUGGCUACUCUAAAAAAAAUAAAUAUCUCUGACAAUGUGCUGAAACUUGCAUCAUUUAUGAUACUGGAACAUAAGUUCUGUGAAUUUCUUGAAAAGGAUAAAGUUUUUGAUGCAUUGAAUACACUGAGAAAUGAGAUUACCCCUCUUAAGAUUAAGCCUAAGCGAGUUCAUGAACUUUCAAGCUGUAUUAUUUGUCCUUCUUUGCACCUCUCACUUGGUUCUAUGAACCAGGGUGUUCAAAACUCCAACUCCAGGCUAAAACUUCUUGAUGAAUUGCACAAAGUCCUCCCUCCCAUGCUUAUGAUUCCCGAGGGAAGGUUAGAGCAUUUGAUUGAGCAGGCACUAAAUGUUCAAUGUGAGGCUUGUUAUUUCCAUAACUCCAUUGAUUGUUGCCUAACAUUGUACACGGAUCAUCGUUGUAGAGAAGACCAGAUUCCUUCGCAAACAACCCAGGUCUUACAAGGACAUGGAGAUGAAGUAUGGUUCGUGCAAUUCUCUAAUAAUGGGAAGUUUUUGGCAUCAUCAUCUAGAGACAAUUCUGCUAUAAUAUGGGAGGUUCAUGAAGAUGGGAUGCUCUCACUAAAGCAUACCCUAACUGGCCAUCAAAAACCUGUGCUGAUGAUUUCAUGGAGCCCAGACGAUAAUCAGCUCCUAACAUGUGGAUUCGAAGAAGUUGUGCGGCGGUGGGAUGUUAGCAGUGGAGAGUGCGUGCAUGUUUAUGAGAAGAUAGGCGUCGGAUUGAUUUCUUGUGGUUGGUUUCCCGAUGGGCGACGAUUCUUCUCCGGCGUGACGGAUCGUAGCAUCUGCCUGUGGGAUCUCGAUGGCAAAGAGCUUGAAUAUUGGAAAGGACAAAGGAUGAUCAAGACGUCCGACCUCACUAUUACUGGAGAUGGCCGGCAGAUCAUAAGCAUGUGCAGAGAAUCGGCCAUUCUGGUGCUCGAUCGAGAGGCGGGAACGGAGAAAUUGAUCGAAGAAAAUCACACGAUAACGUCGUUUUCUUUAUCCAGAGAUGAUAGGUUCUUGCUGGUGAAUCUUAUAAACCAGGAAAUACAUCUGUGGGAUAUUGCCAGUUUUCCAAGAUUAGUUACCAGUUAUAAAGGCCACAAGCGCAGCCGAUUUGUUAUACGCUCGUGCUUUGGAGGAUAUGAACAAUCUUAUAUUGCGAGUGGAAGCGAAGAUUCACAGGUAUACAUAUGGCAUCGCGGCAGCAGCAACCUCAUCGCCACUCUCCCCGGACACACCGGAGCCGUGAACUGUGUGAGCUGGAAUCCUGUAAACCCUAAAAUGCUUGCGUCUGCCAGCGACGAUCACAGCAUCAGAAUAUGGGGAGUAAGUUUGGCCAAUCCAAAUCCCAGCGAAGCACACAGCAAUGGAGUCAUCCACUGUAAUGGAACCAAUAAAUCACAAUGAAUCCCUUUAGGUAUCUGAAUUCCAUUGUUUAGUUUAAUUACUGACUCAAAUUCUUUAAGAAUGUUCAUCAUAUUAUAAGAAGAUGAAGAAGGGGGAGGAGGAGGAGGAGGAGGAGGAGGAUUCUGUAAAGAUUUUUAUUUUCUGACUGUCUAAUGGCGACUGCCUGGCCUUGUUUUAGUGCGUGCUUGAAUUGGAAGGCUUGCAGUUGCUUCCUCAACUUUCAUUAUUUUGUGUUUUACUGUUUGGGCACAACAGUAAGGUCUUAAUAUUGAUUAGGAUUU